AUGGCUGGCAUUCACUACGAUGGGCCCUCCGUCCGGGCUCCCGCAGUUGUAUCACCGCGACAUGUAAGAUCUAGGACUCAGAGUAUAUCCAGCGACCGGCCUUCGUCAAUUGGGCGAAACCUCCUGGCCCCUCCACAGUCGGUUUCUCCUGAAUCUGCCUUCAUCGCCGCCUCGGCGGCCUCCCAGAUCGUCACCAACGACCACGACAGCCACGCCGACGUCUGGUAUGACGAGCCUGGAAUGAUACCGGCAGGCGAGACUGCCUUGGUUUCUGAUGGAGCUCUGCGGUUGGUCAACAACUUUCUCGACCAGCUUCUCUUCAAUUUCCUCCAGAUUGCCAAGUCCACCACUCUGUCUGCCCUGCGACCGGCCGUCACCGAGGUUCUUAAGCCAAAACUUGCUAGGGAUGCCAUCACCAAUGCGGACGAGGAGUUGCGUGAGUACCUCGGAGGUGCUGAUGAGGAAGACUACGUCAAGCCUCAGAACGGAGAUCCUUCCCGGGAUUGGGAUCUCGAGCUCGUUUGGAAACGAACGCGUCUGCGUUCUAUGGUAUACUCCUCAUUGGGAGAUAUGGAGGAGGAGGAUGAAGACAUGUACAUGGAGCAGGAGCACCUCGAAAUUGGCGCCGAUGAACAGAUUUCGGACGUCAUUUCCCCGGCUGUCGCCAUCUUUUUGACCUCAGUGCUUGAAUAUAUGGGCGAGCUGACUCUGACCGUUGCCGGUCAGGCCGCGUACCAUCGCGUGCGCGCCGAGUUCGAGAAGGAAAUCAAAGAGGGCCUCAAGACUCCCUCAGACAUUGCGGAUCGCAUUGUAGUCGAGGAGUCUGAUAUGGAGCGUGUCGCUCUGGACCGAACUCUCGGCCGACUCUGGAGGGGCUGGAAGAAGAGAAUCAGGGCCCCGGCUGUCAUAGAAUUCGGCAACCGACCCUUCUCUAGGACAUCGAUUGACCACACCAGAAAUGGUAGCGAUGUAAACCCUCUCAGAUCCCCUGGGAGUGAGAUGGGAAUUGAAACCAAACCAAGCCAGGAGCUAGUCGAGGAAGAGGUGAAAGAGGAGGCGCAGCCGCCUCCUGAGCCAGCCGAUAUCCCCCUCCCGGCUGGGGACAACGACGUGGAAGAGAUCGAGGUUCCUGGCGUCGCUGUCCACAGCGAUGAUGAGGAUGAUGAAGAGGAUGUCGAGCUCGCAAUUCGACGACCCAGAAGUUUGGUGUUCUCUUCUACCGCGGAAUCCCACACGGAACUCGCUCGAUCUGCCUCUUUGUCUCGAUCUUGGCCAAUCCGACUUCCUGUGCGCCGAACACGCGCUCAGAAGAAGUCUGAAGAACAGUCACAAACAAAGUCGGAUGAAGAACAAGCAGGAAAGGAUGAAAAGAGUGCUGGGGACGUGGCCAAAGUGGAGCCUGCUGAGUUGCCGGCCUCUGUCCCUUCACAAACAAAGGAUGAACAGGCUGCCCUUUCAACAUCAAAUCCUGACGAGAACAAGAAUGCCGAAGAUAUUUCUACGGCCCCUGACUCCGGCUUGGUCACUGAAGGGAUCUGUUCCGCACGCAUCACUGACGUGGCAGGAUCGGCCAGUCCGCAUGAGUUUCAGGCUGUACCUUUGGAAGCUGCCGACCCAGUGCAUACCAAUAGUCCCUCACCAACCGAUUACCCCAGCCCCCAGAGCGAUCUAACCCACCAGCCUGACAGCGCAUAUAACCACGCUCCCGUGAGUCCUUUGGAGACUGGAAGAUCGGACCCCUUUGUCGCAACAAAGAGCGCCACGACUUCUGCUCAGAGGCAGGAGAAGGUGAACGAGUACUCGAUGCCGGCGGACAAGCCUUAUGAGAUCGGUGCUGCGACCACCACCCAUGGCCAAGUAGCAACCGAGAGCAGCCCUCGUUCCUCAGCCCGAGCGCCUGCAAUGCAGCCAAGUAGAGGGUCCUCUCUGCCCAGGCAACCUCAGACGACUUCAGGGACCAAGGUCUCCAUCCUGAGUAGCUCGCAUUCUAGUAACCACUUCAUCAACGAACCCAUUCCUGAGGUGCCGUCCAGAGCAACCGGUCACUCAGCUCGCCAAGGCUCUAAGUCGAAUAGUAUCGGACAGGCAUCUAUGGAGCGUACGAGAACGCGAGAGUCCGAUGAUGGAUCCUCAUUACCCAUUCAGUCAAAUGGCCAUCAUCGAUCAACUCAUACGUCUGGCUCAUCUAGUUCCUCAGCUGCUGGACGCCACAAGGCCUUCAGGACUUCCGAAGAACAGGUUCCCAGCCGUGCCGACAGCGUUGCGCGAAACUUUGAGGAAUUGAUUCACAGCAACCAGACCAUCACAUACACCCUCACCCCAGAGCACAUGCGCAAUAUGGAUUCAAACCGUUCUACAGAGAUGCCUCGCUCUGGAUCAUUGGUCAACGACGGUAAGGUAGCAUCUGCUCAGCGAGUGAUUGGAAUCUCUGCCGACUCCAGGACGCAGAAGCCAACCCCGAUUUCCAUUCCUGGCCCUUCAGCUGCAUCCGCUCCCAAGUCUUCUUCAGUGAAGUCUCCUCUCAGAACGGGGGCUUCUGCUGGCUCUUCGCAACCUAUGUCUCCCGCUACCAUUACGCCCAAGUCGCCUCGUAUGCCGGCCUCGCUUGCAAGAGAAGCCCGCGUCCCUGGGGAUUCCACCGCGGACUUUGCUGAGUUCAUCAAGUCUACAGGCCCUGCCGGAGGAGACGCUCGCGCGUCGCCAGCUCGUGCUUCCAACGGUGUGUUUCCCGGACAGGUCGGUGGCGCCACGCCAUUACCUGUCACGUCAAGCCCAUCCAGGGGCAACGAGGCUCGCCGGGUAUCGUCAGCGAGCAAUCGCAACCGAUAUCAGCCACGUGAGGCUUCGGUUGAUGGAAAUGGAGACAAUUCGGAUCUGAUUGACUUCAUUCGUCAAGGACCCCCAGGCCCUGGCGGAAACAAUCGCAUCCCUCGCCAUGUCGCACCUUUCUCCAGCACCGCAACCCCUGAUCAUACAGCUGUCGCAAGUGGUGGAAGGGCCGGUGAACACGGCAUCACAGAGGUUCGUCACAGCCAAGCGUCUACCAAUGCCACUGAAAAUUCUGGACCUUCAUUCCAUUCGUCAGUGAACUCUAACACGGCUCUUCUGAAGAACAACAAGCCUCAACCUCCACCUAAGAUGUUUGAUGAUGAUGGCAUGCCAAAGCGGACGAGGCGGCGGGUUAGGGAUCCCUACGCCAUCGAUUUUAGUGAUGAAGAUGACGAUCUUGAUGAUCUUGUUACACCAAAGCCUCCACCCAAAAAGAAGGAGGAGUCGCUUGCAGAAUUCUUGCGAAACUACGAGCCUCCGCCAGAGCCCAUGGCUCCACCGGUCUCCGAAAAGUUGCCCAAGAAGAAGGCCAGCGCUCCAAGCUUGAUGGGUCGCUUCACUCGAAGCCACAAGGAGCCAAAGGAGACGCAUGGAACGAACGGACCAGCAUACGGACAGAAGGUGCAAGAAUCGAGGUCUCUCAACAGCCGUGCCGGAACACCUUCCGGCGGACGGCGAUUCGGCCACGUUCCAAUCCAGGUGCACAUCCCUCCUGGAUACGAUUCUAAUCCGGGCUACGAGAGCACCGCCGGCCAACCCCGUGUCACGCCUGCUUCGUCACGAUCUGGAGGUAGGAUUCCGAUGAAAAGGUUCGAGCCCCGUGAGGCCGUUUCCAGCGUGGACAGAUCAGGCACUGCAGACCUGGCUGCAUUCCUGCGCGAUUCCGAGCCACCCCCAUCAAUGACCUCUUCUCCUACGCGGGAAGCGCCGGUCGAAGAGGCAGGGGGUAGUUUCUCAAAAAUGUUUGGACGCCGGAAGAAGCCUAUGUAUUAA